AUGGUGCUCCGGUAUAAAUAUUGCGUUGGUUGGUUACUUUGUGUGCUAUUAUUAGUUUCGACUAUCAGUGGAUCAGCGAUCAAAGAUGCGUUGGAAGAACAUCUGAAAGACAUCGCUCAUGACGAAGGAUUGGAGUCCAUCAAGCAUGCUAAACAGAAAGGUGAAAAAAUACAUCAAGAAGAGAGCCAACUAAAUGACAACCAUAAGAACCAGUAUUCAAAGGCCAAUGAUGAAGCAAAGUACCUCAAGAAAGAGCACGAUACGAAAUCGUCAUCUGAGGGCGACGCUUAUAAGGGUUAUAAUAGCAAACAUGACAAAGCCGAGGAUAGUGAAGCGACUGGUUAUAAAAGAGGCCACAAGAAAGGACACCACAAGCAAGGGUUUCAAAAUUCAUACCAUAAAGACGAAUCAUCCAAUAAAAGCACUUAUUUUGAUGAUUUAACCGACGAAGGCGAUCAAGCUGCCUACAACAGCAGACUUAACUCUCACGACAACCAGGGAGGCAGGAGCUACCAUGGAUCUCACAACAAUGGUCAGGAAUAUGUAAGAGAUAACUAUAACGGUGGAGGCUACAACCGGUACGGCGACACAGGUGUAAAGCAACAUGGUCAUCAAGAUUAUGGCAAGAAAUAUUAUUUAGACGACAAUUUAAAUCACAAUAAGUACAGAAACACACAUAACGAUUAUGCCCGGGAUAAAAUUCACGAUCAUCAUGAAUAUCGAGCGCCACAAGUUCACCAUCAUGAUCCUGGUUGGGAUUGGCAAAGAUGGAACGAUAAAAGAGAUUGGGAUCGUCCCGGAUGGCAGAGGGAUCCAGGCUGGGAAAGGGAUCCCGGUUGGCAGAGAGACCCAGGCUGGCAAAGAGACCCUGGUUGGCAAAGAGAUCCUGGUUGGCAAAGAGACCCUGGAUGGCAGAGAGACCCUGGAUGGGAGAGAGAUUAUGGUGGCCCUGGGUACUAUGAUGAUAGGGGUCUUCGUCAUGAAGGAGGUUAUGGUUACGGCCCCAAUCACGGUUACGGUUAUGGCUAUGAUGAAUCUCGGUCAGCUCCAGUCGCAGAAAUUCCGAAAAAUGCGCCCGUAGUCGCACAUAGAAAGCAGACGAUAACCAUUUAUGAAGACCCGAGAUAUGAUGGUAAGCAAACCGGACAGCUCAGGAAAGAAGAAGGAGAUUAUCUUCAGCUGGAUUUCAAACCGAGCAGCCACCGAUAUGCUAGUUACGAUGAUACUUAUUACAAUGUCCCUGUUUCACGAGAAGGUGCGAUGGAAGCUAGCAAAAUUAAUAAAUUAGUUUACAAUUAUAGAAGACAGUAG